UUUCAUGGAAAAGCGUAAGCAUCAUAGAAUUUUUACGAUUAUUUCUUGUAAAAAAAUACAAUAAACAUUAAGUUAACAUCAAUUUGUUAUUAAAUUGUAAACUAAUAUUUAUACACAUAUACAGUUAAGCUUUUUAUUUUAAAGAAAACAUACGGUCCCAUUGCUUUUUGUUUCCAAACAUCUCUAUAUACCUACAAAAAAAUAUAUAUAUAUAUCACCUGAACACCUUACCACCACCUAUCCAACCUAUCAAUACUUAAUAAAUAAAAUCAAACCAAACAUUAUUAAUCUAGUUUAUUUUCCACCUGUUCUGUUUACUAUCUGAGUGCACUUUAUUUAGUAAUUUCCUUUAUUUGCUUAAAAUUUUGAUCCCCAUUCCUAUUUUUUUUUUUAAUAAAUUCCUUGUAAAACAAUAACGGUUUUGGUUUAAAUAAGUUUAUAAUACAAAUAACUACAAAAUGUCAGAUAUUUUUAAUAAUUUUGAUAGUAACGGUGCUGGUGGUGACGAUUCUCAAGAUAUAAUUAUGGCAUCACCUUCUCAAAGUAGUCCAAUGGCCAACAACAAUUCUAAUUCAACUGGAACAAGUGUAGGAGCAGCUGGUGGUGGUGGUGGUACGAAUGCCACAACAAAUAAUACUGGUUCAUCAACCUCCUCCUCGUCCUCUUCGGGAAAUACAACAAAUACCAAUGCAAAACCUUUAACAGGACCCGAAAGUCAACCGAUUUUAACAAAAGCUCGUCUUUUGGAAUUGGUACGUGAAGUAGAUACCACUGCCCAACUGGAUGAAGAUGUCGAAGAGUUAUUGCUGCAAAUAGCUGAUGAUUUUGUUGAAGACGCAGUCAAGGCCACUUGUGCCUUUGCCAAACAUCGUAAGGUAUCCAAAGUUGAGGUGCGCGAUGUGCAAUUACAUUUGGAGAGAAAAUGGAAUAUGUGGAUUCCUGGUUUUGGUACCGAUGAACUAAGACCAUAUAAACGUGCUGCCAUUACAGAAGCCCAUAAACAACGUUUGGCUUUAAUACGAAAAACUAUUAAGAAAUAUUGAUCAAAAACUACCUUUUUGUUUUUAUAUACAAAAUAUUUACUAGUUGAUAAGAUUUAAUUUUGUCGUCGUAUAGGGAAAAUAAAUGCAUAUUUUAUAGAAUUAAUACCUACCCAAUUAAA